AUGGCGAACCGGAUCCUGGUCGGCGCACAUCUCUCGUCGCUGUACUCGCCUGAGCACAUCCGCAUCGUCCCAGUCAACACCUCACGCCGCAAUGUCCCUUUGCCACCGCCACCCACAGAGUCGGACCCCCCACCAGAACACUGUCUUCAUGCCUCCACAUUCUACUCGCAGGAGACCGGCACGAUCUACAUUCGCCUCCUCCACGAUGGCCUUGUCCUAGAGCUGCUCACCCUCACCAACGACACAAAGCCAAUCCGCUUCGUCUUUCCAUCCCCUGUCAUACCCGCCCCGUCCAUCGGCAUCGUUGGCAGCGAACUCCACGUUCUCGCACUCACCUCUGCAGGCUCCCUAUAUCGCCUCACUCUGCCCUGCAGGCCGCCGCGCUUAUGGUUAGAGCCGUCGACACCUGACUGGCAAUACGAAUACCACCUCAAAAAUCCUCAACUUCUCACGAACGCUGUUGUUCAGGUUCAAGACCUCGACACCGUUUUUGUUGGUCUUGCAAAUGGCUCUCUCUUGCGUCUCACCUGUAACGUAUCAGAUGACCUUCCAUGGACGGAGCAGCCAGAGUACCCGUCUUCAUUCCUCUCCAGCUUCGCGUCCUUCCUCCCCGUCCAUCAUUCCUCCCCCACCGACUCUCAAAUCAUAUCCAUUGCAUGCUCGGAGCACGAAGAUUUUACUCAAUACGCCUGGACCCUCUCCAGAGACCGUACCCUACGCUUUUGGGCCCCCGGACGUGGCUGCAUUGGCACCAAAACCCUGCUGACGUCCCUGUCUUCUGGACGGGAAGUCACCCCCUUUCCUAUCCGUUCCGGUACACCUAAACCGGUCGUUCUCCUCGACCCCGAACCACAAAAGCUUCUCAGCGUUUUCUUCCACCCUCCGACGUCCUAUGAAUCAGAUGUCUAUGUUCUUGCGUUCGUCCCAACACCAUCCUCCACCGUGUCCGGCGGUUUCUUCCAGCUCUUCUCCGCAUCCCACGACGCGCUUACGCUCUUUGAUACCAUUGAGUGCUCACAGACAAGUGUGCACUCUCAUCUGCGGGAUUUCGCCGUCGUUGGAAACAAGCUAUACACUCUUUGGGACCGUCAAGGCGUGUCCGCAGUUGAAACCGUCGACGUUCCUCUCGGAGAGACAGAACUGAUGGACAGGACGUGGUACGAGUCUACCUAUCCAUACGAGCCAGAGCUCACGCCGGCAUACUUGGACGAGCGGCUGCUCUCCCCGGGCUCAAUGACCGACAAACUCUUUUCAGCCAUCAUGCGUCCCGGCACGUUCUCUGCUUUCACCCUCAGCACCGCCAUCCAACGAUACACCGACGCUUGCCUGUCCAUUCCCGGUCCCCCUCCCCCUCCGCAGCUCACGACAACGUAUGGUUCGGUGGGCGAAAAGAUCGCGGCCGUAGUUGGAUGUACGAUUCAGUUGACGAGAGAUCCGUUGACGGGCGCGCCUCAACAUGAAAAGUACUGGACGACGCUCAAGAGGGAUUGGGAGGGCUUCAUCGCCCGGUGUAGGGAGAUCGAGAGGAGUGCUCGUUGGCCUGUCGCUCUAGGCGUCAGUGACUCUGGCGAGAUCACGGUCGUCGAAAGGGAGCGCGUCAGCCUUCUGCUCGAGGACGACAUGGCCAUUCGGACUCAUCGCAUGCUUCGAGCUGACUGCGAGCUGGCACGGGUUUGGGUGCUUCCCAAGAUCGCCUGGACGUUGUACACUCAGCUAGGGCGGAGAACGGUUCGGAACCUCGAGGACGCCGUCAUCGAUCUCGCGCACCAGGAAAUUGCCUUCCCAUUCCACGACAUCAUCCCGCAUCAGGCGCAGAAGCAUCUGAUCAAGGAGGACAUCGACGAAGGCCUUGAGAGCUGGAUGAGCGGCCGGGUGCAGAGUGUGGAGGAUUACGACGAGUCGGCGAAGUGGGCCCUCGACCUGAUCGGUGGGCUAGAGUUCGUCGUCAAACGGGAAGAAGACGAGGUCCUGAUGCUCUUGCCGCAGAGCAAUUCGUCGGAAUGGUACAGGGCGCUGACCGCGAACUUCAUCUCGUAUUCCGCCCACGCGCGGUACGAAUUCUGCCUGAGCAUCAUCAUCUUGCUCUUCUUCCUCUCCGACGAGAUCCACGAAUGGUCGUCUACGGUUUUGGCAGAGCUCUUUGCGGUGUUCAGGGGCUCGGCAAUGCUGCAAUACGUCUGUCAGCAGCCUGCAGGGGAUCAGUCUACAUCGGGCAGCGUCGUGCGAGGUGGAUCGACUGCUCUCGAUGUGGCGGACGAAGUGGCCCUUCGGAUGCGGAAGCUCGACGUCUCAAGUCAGACGGUCACCACGACCAAUCUUCCUCUCCUCCAUCGGCUGCUGGCGCAAUAUGGCAUGGGCGGGAACUCAUCGAUCACCGCUACUGCCCACGCCUUCAUGGACACCUCGGGGCUGUUCAUGUCCAUGUCGCCGGCGAAUGUGGCGAAGCUGGAAAUGAUAUUCUGUGAGAAAUUGAGGGUGUUGGGACGGUACGAAGUGGCUAGGGAGAUGCUCGGUUGGUUGCCGAGAACACCGGCGGUCAUGUACUCCUGGGCCAGGGUAUGGCUGGAGGUGGGGAGGGAUGAGGAUGCAGUGGGUGCACUCGAGUGUCUUGCGGGCAGCUUUGGGCCAGCCAGUGGUCUUUCAGAGGAAGACGGCGAGGCCUUGCAAGCUGUUUUGCCUGGUAGAAUGCUGUUCGAUUCGACGUUCGGGUUCUAUCUGCAUGCGUCGGCCUUGUUCAAGGCUGCGGGCCUCACGGAGCACGAAGUAUAUUUCGCAAAGUUGGCCGUGUCGAUCGCUCCCGAAAAAUGGGACACAACCGAGCUGUGGCAUGCAAUCAUCAAGGGCUCAACCGAGCUAUGCUAUUGGGACGAUGCGUAUUCUGCACUCAUUGCUACGCCGAAUCUCACAGUGAAACGGGAGCUUACGAGGCAACUGGUCUACAAAAUGUGCGAGCUCGGCGCGGUCAAUAACUUAAUAAAGUAUAAUUUCGUUGGUGUCCAGGACGAAGUCGAAGAGUCCCUCUCGUUCAAGGUCCGGAAUGCGGACCCUCGGGUGCGGCCGUUUUACUCUAGGAUCCUCUAUACGUGGCAUAUCACUCGUAGCGACUACCGCAAAGCCGCGCUGGUCAUGUAUCAACGAGCACGCAGAUUUGCGGCACUGGCCGCAUUAGUACCACCAAACGAUCUCUCUCAGUUCCUGUUCCUCGCCGAACAACAGCUUGACGCCUAUCUCGUCGCUAUCAACGCGCUCAGCCUAGUGGAUUCGAAAGCCGGCGCGUAUAUCGUCCUGCCCGUUAAUGCCGACGAACCGUCAUCGCACCUUUCCGGUCUAGUCGGUCAAGCACGCAAGCGGAGAAAGCUCACGAAACAUAUACCGGAGAAUAGGUUCGCGGGUGGGAAGAGAGAUUCGGAGUUUGUUGGACUUCAGGAUGUGAGAGAGGAGUAUGCGUUCCUGAUCGCGAAGGUCGAGUUGAUUAAGAGAGACCCGGGGUUGUUGGGGGCUAGUGAGGUUCUGUUGUCGCCGACGUCGGUGGUUCUCUGGCUCGCGCAAAUGAAUCGCUUCGAUUUUGCAUUAUCCACUGCGCGGACACUACGCGUGGACAUGAGCGAUCUCUUCACGCAUUUAACUCACCAAUGCUUGAGAUUGUCACGAAGUAACGACAUGCUGACGGAAGGUGCUUCUGACUGGCUGCUCACGGAUAACAUGUCGUCCUGGAAAGGCACCACGGCGGAACGGGCGUGGCGAUACCUCAGACAGGCACUCGAACGACACGAUAGCCCCCAGGAGACGGACCUGAAGUAUAGCAAGAUCGUGUUCGAGACGAUUUCUGGGUUUGAUAGGUUGUCGAGUCCGCCGCCGUGGCUUGUUGGCUCGUUGGAGGCCCACCAUCCUGAGUGGCUGAUCCGGACUUAUUUGCGGUAUGAUGCUCUGGAAAGCGCAUUGGAGCAGACGAUCUCGCUUGUCAGAAAGGCCGAUGUACGUACCUCCGAAGGUCUUCCCCAGAGCGCCAUGUCGACAUGGCUGCCUUACACCCUCAUCGACCAGGUGCUCCUCGCCAGCGCAGAAGCAGAAGCGGAUGGCAGCUUGUCCGAGAGAGCACAGAAGAUGCGCGGGGAGAUGCAAGUGGAGAUCGAGAAUCGGACGAAGAAGAUGCAGCGGUUGAGUCAACAUUUGUGGGACUCGCGGCCCAAGAGUAUGACGGUUGCGGCGAGGUAGCGGGGUUGCCAUUCGGUCAGUUGGUUGGUUGGUGACUUGUGCUUGGGAGUGAUUCGUUGUUGUAUUGCUGUCUGUGCUUUCUUGAAUGAAGCUUUGCAUUUACG